GCUCUCUAUGGCACCACUGGUGGCUUAACGUCCCCUGGGUCCCCGCGAGCCGCGCUCUCGAUUCUGCGCCCGCUUUUUGCACGGAGAGUAAUCCCCAGUCCAUAGGAAGGCUCGCAGCUACCUUGCAUGGAUCCUGAUGACUUGGAUCCUGGAGAGCUGGCCCCCUCCUCAUUGCAGGGAAGAAGGAAAAACUGGAACCUUUGGCAGGUGGUAGUAGCGGCCGGCUUAGCAGUCUCCCUUGCAUGGACAAGACAGUUCGGCAUCCGCAGACUGCCUUUCAGGUUACAGGUGCCGUACGUGCCGUCGAGCGCCAAGCAAGUGGAGAAUAUGAUGGUGCUGCUCGAGAAGCGGUCGGGGAAGCUGGUGGAUUUAGGGUCGGGUGAUGGCAGAAUUGUUGUGGAAGCCUACAGACGUGGCUUCAGGCCUGCCAUUGGCUAUGAACUCAAUCCGUGGCUGGUGAGCCUAUCUAACAUUCGUGCCUGGCGGGCAGGGUGUUAUGGAAAGGUUUGCUUCUGCCAAGAAGAUCUCUGGAAGGUAGAUCUCUCUGACUGCAGCAACGUCACUGUGUUCCUCACUCCUGGCUUGGUCCCUCUCCUGGAGAGAAAGCUGCUUGCAGAGCUGCCGGAGGACGCCUGCGUAGUGGUCGCUCGCUUCCCUUUCCUCAAGUGGACACCGAGUGAGGUUACUGGCAAUGGUUUGGAGAGAGUUUGGGCCUACAACAUCGGAGCUGUACGGCAAGCCCAACAGGGCAAAAUAGGGAGGAGUCCGGUACAAGUCACAAAACUCAGCAGCGGCCUUGAUAAGUCUUGAUCUUUCGGCAUCACUCCUCCAUCUGCAAAACGUGAACGGCGGCCUACCUCGCAAAGUGGUGGUUAGGGCAAACGCAAGACUGCGAAGAAUUCUUCAAGUGAAAAGAACUAUUCUAAAGGCAAAAUUCUGCACUUGUGCUGUGAAACUAGGCUGAGGAUUUACAGAAGCACGCGGAAAAUAAAAUAUAAUUUACCAGGAAUGUAAUAAAAUGUACCUGCUCUAUGCCUUCA